AUGGAUCUCACGCCAGUCAAACCAGAUAAUUAUUUUGAUCUUGGGUCUUACCAUCGUCCUGUCACGACAGAUUCAGAAAGCGCUCAAAUAUGGUUCAAUCGUGGUCUCAUAUGGACAUUUGGCUUCAAUCACGAGGAAGCUGUGACCUGUUUCAAAAAUGCUAUAAGGGAUGACCCAAAGUGUGCCAUCGCAUACUGGGGAUUGGCAUAUGCUAUUGGCCCGAAUUACAACAAGCCGUGGGAUACGUUCGACGGAAAGGAUCUUCACACAUCCCUAAGAGAAGCUCACAGAGCGGCUAUACAUGCCAAAAAUGUAGCGGUGGAUUCUGUGACAUCCGCUGAAAGGGCUCUUAUUGACGCUAUCACACAUCGUUACCCGACAGAAACCAUUGAGAAUAUUGAAAAUGAAAGAAACGAACGUAUCUUCGCGGGUUGGAAUCUUGGUUACGCCGAAAGCAUGGGCAUUGCCUACCGGAAUCACACGGAUGAUCUCGACAUUGCUGCGCUGUAUGCAGAUGCGCUCAUGAACCUGACACCUUGGAAGCUAUGGGACUUGAAGACUGGACAGCCUAACCCUGGUUCGCGCGCACCUGAAGUUAAAAGGGUCUUGGAACAUGCCAUCUCCUUGGACGGGGACUUGCAACAUCCCGGGAUCCUACAUAUGUAUAUCCAUCUCAUGGAAAUGUCUACAACACCGGAGAGAGCAUUAGUAAUUGCGGAUCACCUUCGCGGCCUUGUACCCGAUGCUGGACACCUCAAUCACAUGCCCAGUCAUCUAGAUAUACUGUGUGGUGAUUAUCGUCAAGCAGUCCAGUCGAAUACCCGGGCCAUUCAAGCUGAUGAGAAAUAUUUUGCUACUACUGGUUCACUCCGGUUCUAUACCGUUUACAGAGUGCAUGAUUUCCAUUUUCGUCUGUAUGCGGCUAUGUUUGCCGGACAAUCUCGAGUUGCACUGGAUACGGUAGAGGAACUGGAACGUAGUAUUCCCGAACAGUUACUACGAGUCGAGUCACCCCCAAUGGCAGACUGGUUAGAAGGAUUUAUGGCCAUGCGUGUUCACGCCCUUAUCAGGUUUGGGCGUUGGGAAGAGAUACUCACACUAAAACUACCCAUUGACCAAACGUUGUACACCGUGACAACCACAAUGCUACACUACGCCAAGGGUGUCGCAAAUGCUGCCUUGGGCAAUGUCCACGACGCAGAAAGAGAACGCGAAUUAUUCAAACAAUCUCUGAUGCAUGUACAACCUUCCAGGAUGUUAUUCAAUAAUUCCUGUCUUCACAUACUACAAGUUGCUGAUGCGAUGCUUAACGGAGAAAUAGAGUACAGAAAGAACAACUUCGACCAAGCUUUCGCACAUCUACGUGAUGCAAUUAAAUUAGACCAGGAGCUUCCUUAUGACGAGCCAUGGGGUUGGAUGCAACCACCUAGACAUGCGUACGGCGCGUUACUGUUAGAACAAGGCCACUUUGAGGAGGCGUUGGAUGUUUAUACUACCGACCUUGGUUUCAAUGAUGUAUUACCACGGGCGAUGCAGCAUCCGAACAAUGUGUGGUCUCUUCACGGCCUAGUUGAAUGCCUCAUUACCCUGGAGAGAGAUGACGAGGCGAGAUUGCUUAAGAAACAGCUUGACUUGGCAGUUGCAGUGGCUGAUAAUGCCACUGAGGAUUUCAAUUUGAUAAGUGCCAGAAUUUAG